AUUUUUUUGAAACAAAGAAACAUGAGUAACACAUGAUAAUAAUAAAAAAAUAAAUCAAAACGACACAAAAAAAAGAAAAAAAAAAAAAAAAAAAACUGCACCAUCUGAAUGAACGAAUCCUCUCUCCAGUUGCAUCUUCCUCCAGUAUUAAUCAAACACCGCUAGAAAUUCAAAUCACAGAGCCAUACGAAUUCGCACAACAGUCGUAUCAAUGAUUGCUCCAACGGUAGGGAAAACCCUACUGAUCUCAACGGUGAUAUUCUUCAGUGUUUUUCUAGCCCUAAUUCUCUUCUCACCUUCUUUCCCCUUUUCACAAUCACCGCUCAAUCCUCCGCCGCCAGAAAGAGCAGAUAUAUGGAGUCUGCGGAGAUUAUUCGAGUGGAGACCUUGCGAAUGGUGGCUUCAACGGCGUCCUGCUCCUCUGCCAGUUAAGAACAAUGGAUAUAUUCGAGUUGAUUGCUACGGUGGGCUCAAUCAGAUGAGGAGGGAUUUUUGUGAUGGAGUUGGUAUUGCUCGACUGCUGAACGCAACUCUUGUUCUACCUAAAUUUGAAGUGGCUGCAUAUUGGAACGAAUCGAGUGGAUUCGAAGAUGUGUUUGAUGUGGAUUACUUCAUCGAAAAAAUGAAUGGCUUCGUUCAGGUUGUGAAAGAGUUGCCAGCAGAGCUUGCAUCAAAAGAGCCUUUCAAAGUUGAUUGCAGCAAACGUAAAGGCUUAUUUGAUUAUGUAGAAACUGUACUCCCGUCUCUUUUGGAACAUCGUUACAUUUCAAUCACUCCAGCUAUGAGUCAAAGAAGGGAUAGGUACCCACUGUAUGCAAAAGCUGCUCUUUGCCAGGCUUGUUACAGCGCACUGCGCUUAACCGCUACACUUGAGAAGAAAGGUUCCGACCUUCUAGAAGCUAUACCAAAACCCUUCCUCUCACUUCACCUCCGAUUCGAACCCGACAUGGUAGCUUACAGUCAAUGCGAGUACUCAUUCCUCUCUGCUAAUUCCACGCAAGCAAUAGAUUCCGCACGAGGAGAGAGAAAGCCCUGGACUGGAGAACAAGCCCGUUUAUGGAGAGCCAGGGGCAAGUGCCCCCUCACACCGAACGAAACUGCGAUAAUCCUGCAAUCACUUUCUAUACCCACAAAUACGAAUAUAUAUCUGGCAGCUGGCGAUGGUUUAAUGGAGCUUGAAGGGUUGACUUCGGUCUACGCAAAUGUAUUUACCAAAUCUACCCUUUUGAGUGGUACAGAUUUUGAGAACAUGCAUGGGAAUAGUAAAGCCGCGUUGGAUUACUAUGUGUCGGUUAACAGUGAUUCGUACGUGGCUACUUAUUUUGGAAAUAUGGAUAAAAUGGUCGCGGCUAUGAGGGCUUUCAAGGGGUUGUAUAGAACUCUUUUCCUGAGUAGGAGGGCGUUUGCGGUUCUGACUAAUCAGGGGCUUAAUGGUAAUUUGUUAAUGGAAGCGCUAUGGAAGGUUCAUAGAGAUGAUUUUGUUAUGGGAGUGGGGUCCGCUUUGCCCGAUUGCUUCUGCGAAUUCAAACUAUGAGGUAGAGAUUUUUUUUUUCUUUUUUUGGUAGUGAUUUAAGCUUUUGUUUUCUUGCCCGUGUUGCUUUUGUUUUCUUGCCCGUGUUUCAGAAGUAUUUGUAAGCGUAGUGUUGAUACCUGCACGUGUUAGAUUUUUUUUGAUAUUUCGUAUCUGUUGUAUGACUCUUUUGUAACUAAGUUGAAUCCUGCAAGAUUUUAUUGUUAUAUAUUACGUCGAGUUUGGACAAUA